AUGCUACCAUCUUCCGGCAACCUGCUCCCCCCGGAGGUGCUGACUCGCAUCGUCCACGAGACGCAUCAUUUUCCCACCGUCAGAGCGCUCUCCGUCACUUCAAAAACAAUGUCAGCCAUUGCAACUCCUCAUCUUCUCCGAUUGGCCCUUGCACAGGACCGAUGCAGGAUCCAAGACCCUGGGUGCCUCGUCUACGGCAUCCAACUACAAGUCGGAAAUCCCGUCGAAGACCCGCCCCGCGAUGACGUUCAAUCUGAGGACGCUUCUCGCAAGCUGCCCCGACGUCGGGUUUUGACCUCGUCCACAUCGUCUCGAUCGUCGUCGCUAUGUCCUUUCCCCGAGUCCUGGAUUACACAUGCCGACCGUUGCGAAGAAAGUCUGAAGGCCACGGCCAUGCCGGUGGUGUUGUGGGCCGCCUUGCAGCCACCUGAACUCGCCCUCAACUUCCUUGCCGAGAUCGAGCAUGUCGACCCCGCACAUCUCUGGGCAAUGUUUCUCGUCCCGAGCACACCUUGCCACGACCACGGAGCGUGGCCCGCAGACUUCCCCAUCAGACACGCCAUGUCCAACGCCUUGCACACAGCUGCCCAGUAUGGCAACACCGAGGUGGUUCGCUGGCUGCUCGACCGAGAACAUCUGGCUGCGUACCAUCGAUCAGUGCUUUGGCCCCAUGUUGGCGCUGUAGCCAGCCCAUGGGUCAUGAAGCCGAUCGACAUCCCCGCCAUCCAGCCAUGCGUGUGUCGCUCGAGCCACCUCAAAGCAUUCCUGGCCGCAGGCACAUUGACAGAUCCCGACGACUUACCCUGGGCAUCGGCACUGCACAUUGCCUUGGCCCACAAUCAGGUUGCCACCGCGAAGCUCCUUGUCGAGAGGGGAGCCAACUGGGCAACCGAGCCUUACGGCGCGCGAGGUAUCACUGCCUUGAGGAUCGUCUGCGCUAACGAGUCGAUUCAGUUUCUCGAUUACCUCCUCGACUGGACCAGCAGUUCGCAUGCUCGAGAACAUUCGCCUCCUCAAGUCCAAGACCACAAUGGCCUUGACGUCUCCGACUACCUCUCGGUAGUUGCACAUGGUCCAAAACGCAGGCUUCUCGAAAGACGGCUGAAGGCUCUGGAGAAGAGGUUGUCUGAGUACAGAUGA